AUGGCUUCUUUUGCAGUUCCACCAACCUCAGGUUCUUCUGCCAUUCCAAUUGUUGCUCCAACUACAACCAAAGACACUCAAAAAAAUCAAAAUAUUAAAAGUUGGUUUGAUAAUACUAAAUCGCGUACUUGUAGAAAUUUAAUCAUACAUGGUUAUUGUAAAUUUGAAGGAAAAAGUUGUGAAUUUAAUCAUGAGUUUUCGACUUCACCUCCCAACAUUUCUACCAUUCCACCAGAAGUAAUCAAUGCCCCUCCUUUUAUUCCAAAAAACAACCAAGGCUCUCCUCAAGAACAGAAAUUUUAUGAUGGCGAUGAUCAAGAUGGUCCUUUGUUUGAUCAAUCUGUAAACUUCUUCCCGCCUCAAUCUACCACCACUUCUUCAUCUUUUUUAUUAUCCUCUGGUGGCGGAGUAGGAACUCGUGGUUUGAAUGCACUCGCUAAUUCGUUUGCAUCCUUAGGAUUAAACAAUAACGUUACACGAUUUACGUCUGAAGAAAUACCGUUGAGUGAAUCAGCAACUCAUCAUCAUCAGAUUAAUAAUACAAGUUAUUACACUACUUCACAUUACUUGGAUCCAUUUUUAUAUCAAAGCCAGGAGGCUCUAUUGCCACAACCACUUCAAUAUCAUCUUUACACAUCACCUCUGCCACAUGUAUCAAAUUUACACCCACACCAAAAAACUAUUCAUGCUUUUUUUAUGUCGGACCAUUUACGUGAAGAGUUGCAACAAAAAAACGAAGCAACUUUGAAAACAGAGUUGCAUGUAUACCAUUCUUUAUGUCCGCUUGAUGAACGUCAAGAAAAAUCUGUAAAUAUUUUUGGGUAUCCAACUUGGGCAUAUAAGUCAGUAAGCAAUGUUGAUGGACGGGUAUAUUGUUUGAGACGUGUUGAAGAAAGUUGGAGAAGAGUUAGACAUGCAAAUAUCGUUUCUAUACGUGAAGCAUUUACAACAAAAGCUUUUGGUGAUAAUUCACUUGUCUUCGUGUACGAUUAUCAUCCUUUAUCACAGACCUUAUUCGAUAAACAUUUUGCCGCCCCUCCCAUUCCAACGAACUUAUCAAACUCGCAAAAUGGCAUUACUAACGUAAUCGGUAACAUUCCCGAAAAAGUUUUAUGGAGCUAUAUAACACAACUCGCUUCUGCCGUGAAGACUAUUCAUUCUGCUGGUUUAGCCGCAAGAGUAAUUGAACCAACUAAAAUUCUAUUAACAAAUGAUCUCUUGCACUUUGGACAGUUAUUAAUCUCACUUGCGUGUAAUUCUCUAUCGUCUGUUCACAAUCUUCCAAAAUCAAUCGAUUACGUUACUCGACAAUAUUCUCCUGAUUUCAAGAAAGUUAUUUUGUAUUUGUUAAGUAAACCACUUCCAAUGAAAUCAAUAGAUGACGUCAUAGCGAUGAUCGGUCCACGUCUAGUACAUGAAAUUAAUAGUGCCCAUCAUGACUUUUUAGAAAGCGAAUUAUCUCAAGAAUUAGAAAAUGGAAGAUUAGUACGCUUGUUAUGUAAAUUUGGAUUUAUUAAUGAACGUCCAGAAUUUGAUAUGGAUCCAAGUUGGUCGGAAACAGGCGAUAGAUAUUUAAUUAAACUCUUUAGAGAUUACGUUUUUCAUCAAGUGGAUGAGAAUGGUUAUCCAGUAGUUAACAUGGCGCAUGUUCUAACAUGCUUAAAUAAGUUGGAUGCUGGUGUUGAUGAAAGGAUUAUGCUUGUUUCAAGAGAUGAACAAUCAUGUCUUAUCGUCUCUUAUAAAGAAAUAAAAAAUUGUAUUGAUUCAGCAUUCAGAGAUCUUUCUAGAAAAAAAACGAAUAAUAAAUGA